AUGUCAGCGCCCAAUCUCUCCAACAUCAACUCUUUGCCUUUUCUUUUGGUGGGCAUCCCUGGCCUGGAAACUCUCCACAUUUGGAUUUCCAUCCCAUUCUGCUUUAUGUACAUCAUGACCUUGCUGGGAAAUUGCUCAAUCCUUCUCACUGUAAGGCUGGAUGCAAGCCUCCAUGAGCCUAUGUACUAUUUCAUGUCCAUGCUGGCUGCCAUCGACCUCAUCUUCCCAACUGCUGUGGUUCCCAAAAUGCUGGGCAUAUUCUGGCUGGAUGCAAGAGAAAUUGCUUUUGAGGGUUGCUUCAUCCAAAUGUUUUUCAUCCAUACAUUCACAGCAGUGGAGUCGGGGGUGCUCCUGGCCAUGUCCUUUGAUCGGUACGUAGCCAUCUGCAAUCCCCUGAGAUACACCACCAUCCUGACCACUUCAAGGACCACUCAGAUAGGACUACUGUCUCUGGCUAGGGGCAUUGCUGUCAUGAUCCCUUUGAUGUGCCUUCUCACCAGCCUACCCUACUGCAAAACCAGAGUGAUCCCUCACUCCUACUGUGAGCACAUGGCCGUGGUGGAGCUGGCCUGCGCCGACCCAUCCAUCAGCAAUCUCUACAGCAUCAUCAUGGCAACACUCUUGGUGGGGUCAGAUUCCAUCUUCAUCACUUUCUCCUAUAGUAUGAUCCUCAGGUCUGUGUUAAGGCUGUCCAGGGAGGCACGUCUCAAGGCCCUCAGCACCUGUGGAUCCCACAUUGCCAUCAUCCUGCUCUUUUACAUAGGUGGCCUCCUCUCCAUGUACCUGCAGAUGUUUUCCCUCGACUUGAAUCCUCACACCCAAGUCUUGGUGGCUGAUUUGUAUUUGACAGUCCCUCCCAUGCUUAACCCACUCAUUUAUGGCAUAAAGACAAAGCAGAUCCGUGAACAGAUGGUUAAACUCAUAGAGCAGUUGGUAGGACUCAGUAUCUCACUUGCUGAUAAUGACAGGUCACCUACUGAGAGAGGGAGACUCUCUUAG